AGUGAGGGGAUCAUAAUUGCAUUAAGUAUCGCUCGCGACUUUCUUUCUUGAAGUUAAUCAACGAGAGCAUCGAAACAUUGAUAUCCACAGUCAGACAAAUGGCCCGAUGUUUGUCACAGGGGGAAUCUAGGACAUUUGAUUGCAUUUGGAGAUCUUGAUAAAAUACCGCGCCAAUUCGCAGAUCCUCGUUUGUUGGUGCUUGGUAAAUAUCCUAACAGUUUUCAUUUCUUCUUGUUGUUUCCUACAUCUGCGACAAAAACGUUGUUUUUAAAAGUAUUUCACCAUUUAGUGUUGGAUUGAAGCUCUUUUGAAUUGUUAUAUUUAUAUAUAUAUAUAUCUGGAACUUCAGAGUUUAUGACAAAGAAUGUGAGUAUAAAACUUUGCUGUUUCACUCCGGAUUUUUUAAAAUGCACGCGCAAUGACGAGGAGAAGUAUUUUACACUGUACAAUGUUAGUUAUACCCUUUAUGUUAUAUAUGUACUUUGCCAUUAUAUUUGACCUUAUUACAAAUGUUCCGGAUCACGAAGAAAAUGGUAUCACCGGAGAUAGUUUUCCCACUUUGAAAGCAAAUUUUUCUAACUUUGAAAGAGCUGGUUCUGUUGACUUUCUUGUAAAUAAUUCAACCACAUAUUAUUGUAAGGAAUAUGAAUCUAAGUGCCAAAACAAUAUUAAAUUUAACUGUCAAAAUAUCAAACAAAUCAAACUGUUGGAAAAGAUUGGACAUGGAGUUACGAAACAAGCGUUUCUUGGACUUUACAAAGGCGAGGAAGUGGUGGUUAAAAUGGUGACGCGACACCAGAAAGAGGCUCGGGAGUGUUUGAAUGAGUUACUCGGUAGUGAUUCCUCUGAUGUAGUAAAACGCUCGAAGUGUUUUGUGUUUCCAACGAUGAAACUAAUGAAGGAAAUUCUAAUGCUACACCAGCUUAAACACGAAGGUUUCUUACGCCUGUUAGGAUUCUGUGCUCGUAGCGAGGAAUCCGACAGUACGGACUUGUCAGAACAUGGCGUGAUCGCGGUCUACGAGAGGGGCACCAUUCUCUCAGUGGGAAAAUUAAAAAGCCUUUCGACGGAGAAUAAAGUUCGCCAGUCUCUUCAUCUCGUUUCAUUUUUUCAAUAUUUAGCCACCUCCCCUCUCGGGUCACUGAGAGUGAGAGACUUUAAAAUGGAACAUUUCUUGAUGGUAAACAGUACAAUAAAGAUGAUUGACUUAGAUGACGUAGAUAAUAUAGAACCCUCCUGUGAUGCGUAUUCUAUCGAGAGCAACACACAGAAACCCCCCUGCUCCUACAACUUGAAGUGCGAAAUGGGACUGUGUAACGGGCAUAAUGCAAAGCGAAAUAUAGAAAAAGCAAACGAAUUAUUCUUCACGAAUCUAUUAACACCCGAUGCCUUUCCUGGCGAGUGUUUUAAAAUGUUACAACACAUUCAUCACAGUCUGAGAGAAUUGUCAGUGAAUUAUGGCGAUUUACAGAGAUCGUUGAAGGAGCUAUUGGACUCUGUCAUUUAUCUGCAUUAACGCUUGC